CUUCGACUUGACAUUGAUGUCUGUGCUCUCGAACGCAGCUACGGACGAGUGCUAACUCACCAUCACACCAUGUCAUCGAAGGAACAUGAAGAGAGGCGACGCGUACGCGGACCCCGAAGGCUGUUUUCUACCGACUCAACCAAAACAUCGUCGUCUCGUCGGUCUUCGUCUGAUGUUUCUCUCUCUGAUGAUGAUACUCGAAGGCACUAUGCGGGGGGGCAAUCCAAGUUCUCCCCAAUGUCCCAGCUGGAUGAAGUGCCGUUGGAGGAGCACGAAGGGUGGAUGAGGCAGGGUAUGGUUGAGUCACCCCUCAGUACCCCAGAGAAUCUAUUUGACGACGUGCCGUUACCUCGCUCUGAAAGUCCCAAACCAGCAAAGCCCAAGCUCGAAAUUCGGACUGGCCCGUCACUACUGGCAAAGGCGUCCGCUAGCUCUGACAACGGCACUCUUCCAUCUCCAGGAGCAGCGCGGUGGGACCGUAUUCGCCAGCACGUUUUACCCCCAUCUGCAGCUUCCUCCGGCGCUUCGAGAACCUCAUCUUCACAUGUGACAUCUUCCUCGUCCUCCUCUUCGCAGAAUGUUUCCCGUGCGCCCACUCCCAAGGCAUCCCGAUUUGUUCAGAGACUAGGAUUCAAGCAGGUCGUUGAACAUGCCAGAGAAGUUAUCGUGGAUGACAAUCGCAAAUUCUCCUACGAGCUACAGAAGGUAUGCUGGCUGGCCAGACAUGAUGAACCAUCCUCCGCAGUGAGAAUCGAGCAACAUGGGACGCCCUACCUCCCCUUCAUGUCCAGCACCUCCCUCAAUAUGCAUGCACCCUCCAUGUCUAUGAGCCAGUCUAACAAGAAGCACGACAUGCGUCGCCAGUCUAUGCAAUCUUUAUCUUCCUCCCCUCAGAGUACGGCAUCCCUGAAGCAGCUUUAUCACGUAUUAUUACUUCACUCAACGCCGACCCCCGACGGUAGGGAGCCGGCACCACAGCUUCCGCUUGAGAAUUUUGUCCUAUCCACACUGCUAAUCCCAUUUCUCACCCUCGAGAAAAAUAAUCGUCUUGAUGAGGAAAGGUGGUUUGCCAUUGAAGCAUUUGAGAUUAUUCGGAAAACCUGGAAUCCUUUAGAUGAGAUUGCAGGUGUGGAAAGAAGCAUGUGGUGUAUCAAGGCGGCCCUUAUCCCCCCUGCUCCCAUUCGCAUACGGCUCCUUACAUCGCUGUGGCACCUAACUAUUCCUCCGGAAAGUUUUUCCCUUGCGACCUCACCUACCACUCUGCAGGGACUUUGUCAAGGCCUGUUUUCUCUUCUUCCUUGGGUGCAGCUGCAUACGGAAGAAGGCAAACUGUUGACUCAAAUCAUACACCAAGUCCGUACUGGGUCGUGCGGCAAAAUGCACAAAGCGUCAAUUGAAAGCGAAUAUAGUGCGUCCCUUGUCAGCAGCGACACUUUACAAACCAUUCGCGACGCGCUCGUCCUCGAAGCUCUCGGAAAGUGCAUGGAAAAUUCAACCGAUGCUGACAGGCGAUGGCUACUAGUGAAUUUCUUAGAGGAACAGUGGCCCAUACCCCCCCGGGAUUUGGCGCUUUCACCUGUCCUGGAAGCCAUAUAUUCACGCAAAUUGAACGUGUUCACGCGCGUAUUCUGCUCACUGCUAGAAUCCACGUCCCCAGAAAGCAACAGGCGAGCGAAUGACGCUCAACAUGUAAUCAAGUUCCUACAGACACGGGUGAUUCCAGAGUUGGAUCGGCUUUCAGCAAAUAACCUUGAGGCAAAACGUAAUGUUAUAAAAUGUACCUUGGUUAUGUUAAUGGCUGAAGAUAUGAACGAUGUUGGUCGUUGGUGUAUAUCUGCCAUACGUUGUUGGUAUCGAGAUGCGGGUAGCUGGAAAGAUAAUUUCGAAGAGGGAUUGAAGCUUGUUAUUUCUGAAGGGCAAUGGCAGCCCGUCAUCAUUAUCUUAACUUCGUUGGCUGAAGUACUGCCGCAAGAUGUUCGGAAGCCAGUAAUAGCGUUUAUGCUACCGCCAUUGUAUGACCGUUUAGUUGAUAAUCCUCCGCCACUUCCUUGUCUUCCCCUCACCACUCUGUUCAAUGGCUUAUCACAGGCUUAUCCUCAGAUCUUCUAUAAACCCCUUUUUCUUUGUGCGGCAUCUGUCAAAGAAGUCGCUGUUGUCAACCAUCUCUGUACGAUCACAAUAAUAUCAAGGUUUCUUCCCGACUUUUGGGUCCGUGAUGCAGAGAUGAUAUCUGUCGCGGUCAUGAGUGACAUUGGGGGUAGCGGUGAUGCUAAUGGCAAGGGAAAAGCAAAGGAGGGUGCAUGGGGAAAUGCCCGUCUCGGACAGUCUGUGCUGCUGGUUGAGCUAAUAGGAAAGGUACAAGGUAUAAGGCGGGAGAAGGAGAAUACCUCGGUCAGCUCGAUUUCGGAAGUUGCUCUACUCGAGAUGAUCAAAUUCGCUGUUGAGCUAGAGGCACGCUUGGCCCUGAUGCUCCAGGCAAAGGAACGUACAUUCAUGGUGCCACCGUCUCAGCGACUAUUGUUUUGCGUUCUGUUCCGAGAAAUAAGACUGUUAACACGUUCGAUGAAAGGUGCUCCUUGGUUACCUCAGAUCAUCUCAUGGUACACCGCUUACCAUAAUGACCCUGAGCAAGAUGCUUUCAAUGACGAAGUCAACGAUGCAGUCACCAUUAUUCAAUCUCUUUUCGUUAUGGCACAGGAUGUUCAUUCCCAUAAGCGCCGUAGCACUAGGUUGUUAUCCUUUGCACUUGACCCUGCUACUCCCGGCGCCAACAACGGAUCGGAAAUUUUGACUGUUUUAAGUCAGCAGUCUAAACUAAUCAAGUCCUUGUCAAAAGGCUAUGUUUCCCGGGCAAUGAAGCUUUUGGUGACCAUAUCUCUCCUGCUGACACCAGAAAAUCUGCGACGAAUAGGGCCUAUUGUAUGGCAGCAUUACUUAGACGGAGCUGAAGCUUCCGUCCUAGCGUCGGCAUGCUACUUAAUUAUGCAAUGUGCCGAGAAAACUUCUGUCGAUCUUCAAUCCGUGAUAGAAAAAGAUUUGACUAGUGCGGACCACAGUACAAAGCUCAAGGCUGUACGUCGCAUGAGCACGUUGUCAAACUGGCGCUUCCAGAUAGCAUCACAGCAUGUCGUAUCUGAUCGUCAGCACCGUCCUUUCAAAUUGGCUCGGGGACCACUUCCUUUUAUUGCAACAGACAUGGGGUCGAGCCAGUACGUUCGAGAUGACGAUUAUCUGGAGACAAAAGACAACCUUCCUUUGGAAAUGAGGAAACGUUUGGCCGAGAUAGGGUGGGUCGAAGACGACACUCCCAUCAAUCAGCAGAUGGAAUGGAUACGUACACCUAUGUCGCUACUCCCGGUUCAACAACUGGACCGCUUGGACUUUUCGAAUACGGAGAGUUUCCCGUCGUCGCCUGUCGUCAGCCCAGCAUCUUCUCCUCAGAAGGGGUCACCCACCCUUGGAGACGCAUCUGACGAAGUCGCUCUUCUCCGGCGCAAUUCGAGCUCUGGUGGUCCUAUGUAUGGCGUAAAACGAAGGGCAGUAUUUGUGCCAACGUUAACCCGUAUUUUUCCUGUUCUCGCCUCUAUGGCGUUCGAUGACGACUUCAUUAUUGCAUGCAGUGCCCGCAGCGCCGUUGUUGACCUGAUGCGCAACGAUGCUGCAUUGUUGGCCAGACCGGUUUUGGAUCUUCUUGUGGAAGGUUCAAAGAAUGUAUUAGCUGCAGUCGACUCUCUUCGUGCUCUGCUUCACGUACAACAGAAUCUUCCCCCCUCCAUGGCUCAUCAUGUUUUCAAUUAUCUGGCCGGAUUUCUGAAGCAUAAUGCGAAGAACGCUAUGACGGAAGAAGCACUAUUUGAAUACGCUCACAUCAUUCCUAUAAUCGCGAAGUUGGUUCCGCAAGUCAGUGACUUAUCGUUGCGAGACUUCCGAAGAGCCAAAAUCGAUGCUUAUUUUGUUCCUUCCGGUGCCUUGUGGUUCCCUCCUAACCCUAACCCUUUCAUGUUCCCCGACUCUGCAGGAGGAACCAAGAAUCAUUCGGGAGAGAUUUCUCCCCGUCUUAUUGCCGUGACCAUGAUUCGCAUCUCUCAAAACAUUCUCUUUCUUGACUUGCUCAAGCAAAAUCCUCAGGAUGUUCAACUGGUCAGAAAGAGCAUGUCCAGACUAGUCCUCCCUUCUAUGGAUGAUCCAUACGAGGCACGAGUACUUGAACUAAAAGAUUUUGUUCCAAGGAAGAGGAGCGGGAGCAGCAAGACGCAAUCACGCAACUAUAAAUCGAGGGCUAUUUCAGUACUUAUCUCUCGAAGUUACUUGCCACUUGUUGCACAAGUGUUUCGGUCCAUGUCCCGGCACUUGAACGACAGGAGCGAACUUGCGGUUUUGGUUGAUGGCCUGAAUCGGAUUCUGCUAGCUCAUGGCAGUGACAUCGGUAUUGUCAGCCAAGCGUUAAUUGCAUUCAUGGUGGCCAGCACUCGGUUUCACCGUCUUUUCAUAUCGCGGGGCGGAUAUACCCUCUUCAUACCUGCAAUCAUAAAAGUAUACACCGAAGCUGAAUCCCAUCUAGGAAUCAGACUUGCAAUUGAAUACGCCGUUAACAGAUUCUUCGCACACCACGGAGAGGCCUUUGUAUACCAAAGUAUGGAUGCAAUGGCUCAUGUUAUGGCCAUAACAGACAUCAAAGCAGAAUGGAUCGCUAAGGGUGUAUAUGCCCUCUUCUCGUCUUUGAGAAAACCGAUCUCUCCGGCUACUCAAGAUGCUGCUGGGAUCCAUAACUCUAACAAACUUCAAGAGCGAGAAGCUCUUCUUGUUCUUACCGCGGAAGAGAAGCCCCAAACGUUCUUGACGUCCUUGCGGCCUGGUGGAGGUCAGGGCAAAACUCCAAUCGCUAUUGAUAUACCCGAAGAAUAUGAAGCCAAAAGAAUGCCGGUGGACAAUUUCGUUCGCCUUUUCCUUACGGUCAUAGCGCAUGAUUUAACCAUUAUACGCUCUGAACAAUUCCUCCGAUUCCUCCGAUUCCUUACUCCGCAUCUGUAUCAUGCGUCCUCUUCGGCGAGGAGUGUCUUACAACAAGGAAUCGAAGCGUUGGGUAUGGUGCUCCUCAGAGCAUUGUCUAAAACCAAAACUGAAGCCCCGAGCCGUCUAGCGGAAGAGGAUUCUCAAGACGUAGCGAUGGAUGAAAUUCUAGAUCAGCAGUUGCAUGAAAAAUCCAAAACUCCCAGUGAUUUUGUGUCGAUGCGUCUUCAGUAUCUGUACCUUGUCGUCGCGUUUACUGGAGCUGGCGGACAUCUCUCCAUGCAAGCAUCUCACAGAAACCUAGAACUUGUCAAACUGCUCCUCCGUGAGACCACGAAUGAACUCAGCAACGCCAUUUCGUCGUUCCUCGCAGAUUACAUGAAAUCAGCUUUUGAGCAAGAUACUCCUCGAGAUCUCAAGGAGCUCCUUGCGUUCCUGAAAGAUUUGGCUCCUGUCAUCAGCUCAUAUUCGCUCACCGUCGACUUCUCCGGAGUAUUUGAGACCACGGGUCGCCUUUGCGCCAAUCCGCAAUACGCUAAGGAUCUGGCCUUUUCUCAAUUGGUUGUUACGCAGAUAUGCUCGGCAGGUCUCAAGGCAUGCGCAUUAGCCGCGACGGAGAAAUUGCUGUUCACGCUUCCUUGUCGGAUAUCAUUAGUCAAAUUGGCGAGCCACGCUGUGUGCUUAUGGGGAGCGGAUAUCAUGGCUGAGAUAGAAAGGCACAAGCCUACCUAUGACUUCUUGGCAGGAGUUAUUCUACCCUUUGCACUUUCCAUGCAGACAGCGACAGAAAUUGAUAUGGAUAGAGGACGUCUAGAUCCUUGGCAUCGAGAAGUCCACGCCCGUGCUUGGGUACGACUCUUGUCAUAUACUAUGUCGGCUUGUCAGAAGACAAGACGCCUUGCAGACGGAGGGUCAUCCCGGGAGCGUUCAAAAUCUCAAGAGCGCUCCCCUACGCUGAGAAGAAAGAAGGAGCAACUGUGGUCCUUUGUUACAGCAUUGCAAGUCUUGAAGAUUAUUAUAGUCCGUGCUCACAGAGAUCUGGCAUUCUCUCUCCCGGACAUGUGGGUGCGCAUCGCGGCAUUCUUACGAUCAAUGCUGUCAGAGGGAAACGCGGAAUUUGCGACAUUGUCUCGAGAUUAUUCUCCGUCUCCGUCUCCUACACCCUCCCCAAGAUCUAGUGGUUUGUUCGAUGCAACGUUCUCUCAGUCGUCCUACUUCCCUCCUUCGUUACAUCGAACUUCUUUGCCUCAACAGACAUUUUUUAGUCCCCGUAUGGUUGACUAUUGUCUGUGGUCUCUCUUCGAGUUGCUUUCCAUUCAUCGAACACCCCUGGUCCUGCAGAUGCGACUUUUUGUGCAAGAGAAGGUUCUGGCAUUGGAUCAGGACUUGAGAUCUCAAAACGCCUCUUCUUCGUCGAAAACGUCUCGGCCAGUUUCUUCAGUUUUUUCAAAGCCUCGGCGGCGCUCAGGUCUUCUAUCGCCAGAGAUUUCACCACGAAUCUAUCCUUCCACAUCCUUGAGUAUUCAAGACAGUAGCCUUUUCUCUCUUUACUCCAAUCAACAAUCCGCGUCAAGUCCCGUGUCUACGCCGAUAUUCCAAGACACGCGUCGCAUCGUCCAUCUUGGACUCACACACCAGGGCCACUCUACCUCGGUCAGCUCACGAGAAUCCGGCCAGUCCCAAGCGAAAACGACCAAAGUCAGAUCACUGUCCCUCAUCAAGGCGACAUAUCGUAGGAUUCGAAUCGUGCAAAGCUAUAUGGGUUAUCAGUCUAUGCUACUGCCUCUUCCUGGGGGAGCGAGUGAUCUGGACACAUCCCCAUCGACGUGGACGCAGGUACAGGCACUUCAGGAAGUUGUGCGUGAGACCCAGGAGCUCAUCGAGGAAUUUGAAGAAUCACAGACAGCAGAAAGCGAGACGACUGUAGUUGAUGUAGAUCAAUCUUUGAGACAUUAGUCUAAGUGUAUGGCGUACUCAUUUUGUAUAAGAAUUAGGACUUCUAGAUGUAUGUUCUUCUACCAUCUUCAAUUUGCGUACUGGUUCAACGUUUCUCAAACCGUUACAGUCAACAGGAGUGGCGUCAGCUUCUCGCGACCUACAUAUCGUACGCGCUCAGUUGUAAACGCAUUGGCUAUUGCUCUGAAGA